AUCGGUCUGGCCAUUGCUGAACGUCUCGGUUGUGAAGGUGCUGCAGUUGUCAUUUGCAGCCGUAAUAAGAAGAACGUUGACGACGCCGUUCAAUACCUGAGAUCUAAAGGACUCACAAAGGUGGAUGGACUGGCAGUGCAUGUAGCAAACGCAGAGCAUCAACGGAAUCUCAUUAAUUAUACAAUUGACAAAUUUAAGAAGAUCGAUAUUCUCAUAAACAACCAUGGAAUCAAUCCGGCCUUCGGUCACAUCCUUGAAGUGGAAGACAGUAUCUGGGACAAACUUUUUGAGGUGAAUGUGAAAGCCGGCUGGCAGUUGGCGAAGCUUGUUCAUCCACACAUGGUAAAGAACGGGUGA